UGUAAACAAAUUCAUUGAGUAAAAUAAAUGAUUAACAUGCACUCAUUUGUGUGCGCUUUUCAUCAAUUGAAUUGUUUAAUUAGAUUCUAUGUUUAAUUGGAUUCUACAAACCGUAGAACUUAUUGAGACUAGUUCAUUUGUAUGCUGAUAUAAGUAAUCCACUUAAGACAGGUUCCUAUUACAAUUUCUAAUUGGAGUUGUGUGUUUCGCUUUAUCUACAAGCAUCGGACGACCAGUAAAGUCUCAGAGCGAUAUGGACAUUGUAGCGAUCAAUGACCUGGAAUAGUGUUCACUGUGAUGAAGAACAUUUAGGCUUCCGUCUCGAGAGGAAUAUUUAUCAUGUAAUAUAGCACUUCUAAAAUGCAGACAUAAAGCGACAAACACAAGACUAGUAUAGCGUGUCCUAAUGCUAUAACCACGCGGUAAAAUCGAGGUCAUAUUAAACUUCCACUAUUCUGUUUAUUGUCAAAGGUCACAAUGGUCCAUGUGUUUCUAAAAUCGGGUUUAGUUGCAUAAAGGAUUGAAUCCCUUUUAUAAUAGAAAAGGUGACGCAAUAUUUCUUCACAGUAUCCGAAUGCUCAUUUAUGUACAGCGCAUCGUUCCAUUCGUACGUUCGUUUAAGUGUUGCAAGAUCCUUAUGGAAUUCGUCUGGAAUAAAAAGUGCUUUUAACAUUUCUGACGUUAACUAUUGUGUAUUUGAAUACAUAUGCUAAACUGUGAAGCUAACGUUUAAUCAAGACAUGAUGGAGCGAACAAAUAAUAGUGCAAGUAUGAACGGUGAUAGUAACGUGUGCCAACGUAACGGAACUAACGUAAGCCCUGUGGGGACGCCAACGUCUCAGAAUGGUGACGCCAAAUUGCCGUUACAAGACAUUUGCACGAAGAGAACUGUGAAAGAUUGUGAUGCAACCACAAGCACAAAAGUUGAAACUGUUGUGAAGCUGAAGUCACAAAUUAGUUUAUUACAAUCAGUUGCAAUUAUAGUGGGCAUUAUAAUUGGAUCUGGUAUUUUUGUUUCACCGGUGGGGAUAUUAAAGAACGUUAAAUCUGUGGGUAUGUCAUGUGUGAUGUGGGCUGUGUGUGGGGUGUUCUCCGGUCUGUGCGCCCUCUGUUACGCGGAGUUAGGCGCCUGCAUCCCCCAGUCUGGCGGCGAGUACAUCUACAUUAAACGGGCGUUCGGAGACUUCCCCGGAUUUUUAUGCCUAUGGAUCAACUUCAUUAUCAUCUCACCUGUGGGCAUCGCCGCCUCGUCCCUCAUAUUCGCCACGUACGUGCUGAAGCCAAUAUUUCCGGACUGCGAGCCCCCAGCCGUGGCCUUGCGCCUUCUUGCCGCUCUAGUUGUCACGUUACUGGUUAGUCUGAACUGUCUGGACGUGAAAUGGUCAGCGAAGGUCCAAGUGGUCAUCACGGGUUGCAAGCUGGCCGCACUCCUCAUGAUCAUCGUCAUUGGAUUCGUGUGGAUGGAACAAGGAUCCGGUGAAAACUUUCAGGACGGGUUCACUGACAGUGACUUCAGCGCGGGCUCCAUCGCCAUUGCAUUCUACUCGGGCUUCUGGGCUUUCGGGGGAUGGAGCUAUCUUAAUUUCCUCACAGAUGAACUUAUAGAACCUCAUAAAAACCUUCCACGGGCCAUAGUGAUCUCAAUCACCAUAGUGACGACCGUGUACCUGGUCGCGAACAUCGCCUACUUUGCCGUUCUCUCCCCCGCCGAAAUGCUCGCGUCAUCCGCCGUCGCUGUCACGUUCUCCGACCAGACGAUCCCGUCAUUCUCCUGGGUGACGCCCAUCCUGAUCGCCGUCUCUGUCAUGGGCGCCAUCAACGGAAACUCACUCUCAAUGUCUAGGUUGUUCAUGACAGGGGCGGAGCAGAACCAUCUACCCAACUUCAUUUCCAUGAUACAUGUACGGAAUCUCACACCUGCCCCGUCCCUCAUUGUCAUCAUGGCGCUGACACUGCUAAUGCAGAGUUUUGAGGAGAUAUUUUACCUGAUUGAGCUGAUGGGCUUUGGAUUCUCCAUCGUUCUCACGUGCGUGUUCGCGGGCCAGAUAUACCUCCGCUAUAAGGAGCCAGACCUCCACAGGCCCAUCAAGCUGCCACUGGCCCUUCCGGUGUUUCUGCUGCUUGCCAGCCUUGUGAUCCUGUCGCUUACAGUCUACCAGAAGCCGGAGGAAAGCCUGCUGUGCAUCCUCCUCAUUGCCGCCGGCGGACCAUUGUACGUCGUCGGCGUCAUGUGGCGCAAAAAACCCCGACCAUUGCAGCGAUGGAUCAGUUCGUGUACAAAGCUUCUACAAAAUAUACUGUUUGUUUGUCCAUCCGACAAUAAAUCUGCUGAUUUAUGACACGAUUGUCUAGUUAAAAAUAAAACUAAUCUGACCUAAUAUUUAUGUUCGUAUGUUUGGACACAUUCCAUUUUAAGACAAUACAUAAUUAUAUUAUUGUAAAGAGAUAUCCGUAAUACAUUACACUUAAAAUAGCUAAUUUCCGCCAAAAAAGUCAUUGGAAGGGGUCAUCAGAGGUUCUUGACGGGCUGACGUGGCCAUCGGUGGUGACGUUAUCCAUAACACUGGAUUGACUAUCAAUCGUGACGUCAUUCACAAGGUUGACGCGACGCUCAUUUGCGACGUCAUUUACCAGGCUAACGUGACCAUAUGUUGUGACAUCAUUAACAGGGCUCGCGUGACUAUCGGCGGUACCAUCACUCACUGGGCUCGCGUGACGAUCGGCGGUACCAUCACUCACAGGGAUUGCGUGACUAUCAACGGUGACACAAUUCACAAGGCUAACCAGACCAUCAGUUGGGACGUCAUAGUCCGUGUUGACAUUACUACAUAUAUAUGUUGUUGUCUUUGGGAUGUUCAUGUGCCCCGACCACCUAAAUACCGGGUUACACAUCUGUUUUCAUUGGCGGGAGUAGUCAUGGGAACUGCUGAAUGUGGCGUCACACGUGACGUCAAUAACCUCGUGGCUGCUCGUGUACUCAAAAGUCGUUGAAGACAAUGCGAGUCUCGUGUGCCGACUGCGAAAUAAGAUGGGAGCUUGAAUCCAUCUCACACCUGUAGAAAUGAAUUUAGACGUGCUUGUUAACGACGCACCUGUUCAUCUACCAUGAUAACUAUUAUUACUGAUUAUAAAUAAAUUUCAUAUGCAAAUAUUUAUGCAGGCACACACUUCAUCUUCAACCAAUCAAAACACAAAUGAAAGAGUAGAGGUAAAAUGUAAAGGUCGAUAUUAACGUUGCACGGUUUAUCGUCAUCGUCAUGUGUAUUUGUUAACGUUCAUAUCACCAUCUUCCGUGUUUCUUCUUACUGGAAACGUCAACUUAAGAUGCCAAAGUUGAAAAGUUAACGAUAUUGUAGCUUAGACAUGACCCAACUCAUAGCUUCAGUUAAUCAAAAUCUCAAGACCAGCUAGAACAUUAUAACAUUGUUGGCGCUGUUGGCGGGGCGCGUGUAUCAGAAGUGCACGCGCAUCGCAACGGUCCAGUCGUUCGUCGUCGUGAACACCUUUACAAGCCAUGUGCAGCGGGUUUCCGGGUGAGCGGUAUCUGGUAGUUGGCGUCACGAUAGAAUGUCAUGUUGACGCCGUAGUGGCUGGCGCCCGUCACCGGAACCACCGUAUGUUGGUUUUUGUCGUGAUGGAUGUGCCCUUUGCGAGGGAAUAAUGGGGUAAUAUUAGUUUUUAAAAAUAACAAGAAGAGAGGAAAAAUUAUUGUGGCCACCUUGGUAAAAGUUGCGUACAUCUUCACAUACACGUCCGUGCCGACGGGUAGGUGCAGCGGGUUUCCGGGUGAGCGGUAUCUGGAAGUUGGCGUCGCGAUAGAAUGUCAAGUUGACGCCGUAGUGGCUGGCUCCCGUCACCGGAACCACCGUAUGUUGGUAGUUGUCGUGAUGGAUGUGCCCUUGGGGAGAGUGUAAUAGUGUACUAUAAGUUUGUACAAAUAUUUAGAAGAGAGGAAAAAAAUUCAGUCCACCUUGAUGUUAUUUUUCUAAAUACGUGUAAAAAUCUCAUUUUUAAGACAUAUAUAAUAAAAUAAUUUUAUAACAAUAAAAUUAGUACACUGAAACCUUAAAUUCUACUAAAUGCUACUCGAAUAAGACCGACUUCGGAAAUU